GCGGCGGCGGGGCGGACGAGCCCAAGGCGGAACCCCCCGCGCCCCCGCCCCCCAGCGACUGCGGAGAAUGAACACCUCAGGCGGCGGAGCGCAGCGGGAGAAGAAACCCCGAUGAUCUCGGGCUGAGCCCGCGCCGGGACCAUGUCUGUGGCCUUCGCGUCCGCCCGGCCGAGAGGCAAAGGGGAGGUCACGCAGCAAACCAUCCAGAAGAUGCUGGACGAGAACCACCACCUGAUACAGUGCAUCCUGGACCACCAGAGCAAGGGCAAGACGGCCGAGUGUGCCCAGUACCAGCAGAUCCUGCACCGGAACCUCGUGUACCUGGCCACCAUCGCCGACUCCAACCAGAACAUGCAGUCCCUGCUCCCCGCCCCGCCCACCCAGAACAUGAACCUGGGCCCGGGCGCGCUGUCCCAGAGCGGCUCCAGCCAGGGCCUGCACCCGCAGGGCAGCCUCAGCGACGCCAUCGGCACCGGCCUGCCCCCGGCCUCCCUCAUGCAGGGCCAGAUCGGCAACGGUCCGAACCACGUGUCCAUGCAGCAGACGGCACAGAGCACGCUGCCCACGACCUCCAUGAGCAUGUCGGGCAGCGGCCACGGGUCGGGGCCCGGCUACAGCCACUCGGGACCCGGCUCGCAGAGCGUGCCCCUGCAGGGCCAGGGCGCCAUGGGCAGCUACGUGUCUCGGGCCAACAUCAACAUUCAGUCCAACCCAGUGUCCCUGAUGCACCAGCAGGCCGCCUCGUCCCACUACCCCUCGGCGCAGGGCGGGAGCCAGCACUACCAGGGCCAGCCGUCCAUCGCCAUGAUGGGCCAGAGCGGGCAGGGCAGCGGCAUGAUGGGGCAGCGGCCCCUGGCGCCCUACCGGCCCUCCCAGCAAGGCUCCUCGCAGCAGUACCUGGGCCAGGAGGAGUACUACGGGGGCGAGCAGUACGGCCACGGCCAGGCCGCCUCGGAGCCGCUCGGCCAGCAGUACUACGCCGACGGGCACGGGGACUACGCCUACCAGCAGGCGUCCUACUCGGAGCAGAGCUACGACCGGUCCUUCGAGGAGUCCACGCAGCACUACUACGAGGGCGGGAACUCGCAGUACAGCCAGCAGCAGGCGGGCUACCAGCAGGGGGCGGCCCAGCAGCAGGCGGGCUACCAGCAGCAGUACCCCAACCAGCAGAGCUACCCGGGCCAGCAGCCAGGCUACGGCCCGGCCCAGGGGGCCCCCUCGCAGUACUCCAGCUACCAGCAAGGCCAAGGCCAGCAGUACGGGAGCUACAGGGCGUCGCAGACCGGCCCGUCCGCGCAGCAGCAGCGGCCGUACGGCUACGAGCAGGGCCAGUAUGGAAACUACCAGCAGUGAGGGACAGACGUCCUUGGUGGAGCCUUGCGCCGGCGUGUCCGCCCGGCACGGCUGGGCCCGAGGCAGCUCUGAUGACCUGUGGCUUGUCGGUCGCCCCUUGGCCCUGCGCGUGCCGCAUGUGAAGCGUG